CCUUAGUUACUUCACGCGCGCACUGUUGGCUGGUCGCUUUCGCUGUCGGUUUUCUGAAAAUACAAAAACUGAGUUCAGUGCCAUUUUCUGGAUUGCUUACAUUUUUGGACCUGGAAUACUAGUUGGCAGUGCCUACGGAUAUAAUUCGCUCAUAUAUACAGAUAUCGAGCGGGUGUUUGUGUACGCGUGGCGCUCUCUAUCGGCAUUCACCGGUACGAGCGCGCGGGGCGUGCGGGGUCCGCGGGGCGGGAUCUUCGUCCCCCUACUUCAGUUUGACUCUGACGCUGUGGAGGGAGGUCGUGCUGCAGUUUGCCGCGAAAAAGGAUCGUUCGCGCGGCAACUUUGAACAGUGACAGUGACCAAAUUGUGAAUUGAUAUAGAGAAUGUGUGCCGGAUUGCAGUGCUCUAAAUAUUGGAUGCAGUGAAAAGGAUUACACUAAUCGGAUUGCAGUGUUUUGGAUUAUAUUUGGAUUUUUUACAUCAAGCAAACUGGGGAUGCAUAAGAUGGAGCUUGGUGACAGCGUGUACGCCGCUGAGCGUAUCAUGAAGAAGAGAAUUAGAAAGAACAAAGUGGAAUACUACGUGAAAUGGAAAGGGUGGAAGCCAAAGCACAACACGUGGGAACCGGAAGAGAAUAUCUUGGAUCCGCGGCUCAUUCAGAGCUUCGAGCGAGGCGAGGAGCUUCGAAGACAAGGCCGCAAGCGAGAACGAGAGCAUUCGCCGACAGAACGCGCGCGCAGCGGCAGCGAAGAGAGGCAGCCGCCACCCGGCAAGCGCAAGGCAGCCGUUCUAUCGCAGGAGUCCGGCAAGAUUGGAGUCACCAUCACUACCAUGAGUCCGCCGGCCAAACGGCACGACACCACCAAAGUAAAUGGCGGGCGGACACCGCACGCAAGUCAGCCCCCGCCGCCUGCGGCACCCCCUGGCGGCGCCGCCGCUCCCGCUUCUCCCGCAGCUGAAGCUGCUGCGCCUAGAACCGGUCCCAGAAGGGCUCCGCAUUCGCCAGAAGAAGCCGAUGCUCACAUUCCCGCAGAAAGAGAAAGGCGCACGGAUACCCAGCCGACGGCCACAGCACCCGCGGAACCAAAAGGAGCUAGACCCCCGCCACCCGCACCGCAGCCCGAGGACGAGGACUCAUGGGGCGAGGCACCACCUGUGGCAGCGCCCCCGCCGCCGCCCCCUCAGCCCCCUCGACGCGGCGCCGCGUACUGGAUGUCACGGUCGCCGGUUGCAGACCAGAUAUUCAUCACAGACGUGACGGUCAACUUCCAGACGGUCACCAUCAGGGAGUGCCGGACGGAACGCGGCUUCUUCAGAGCUCGUGAAGCUCGACCGCUCGAUGUCACGUAAAUGCAACGAGACUUUUGUACAAAUCUAGUUAUCUACUAUUUAUUUAAAUAGUUUGUGGUGAAGUGAAAAACUGUCAGGGUGAAUUCCUUAUUAUGUAGGCCUAAGGUACCUACGAUGGUAGGAAUGCUGAUUGUGUAGAUAGAGAAGACCCUCAUACUGACUAUGCAAUACGACCUCCAAGUAAUUAUACAAAUGUAGACAUUGUUGUCAAUUGUUAAAAUUAAGAUGCUUAUAUUAUUCGUUGAAUUUAUGAAGAAGACAAUGAUAUGCCUACCUCAGUUUGUAGGGAAGAGCAGAAGUCGGCAGUAUACGUGUAGGUAUUUGCUUUUCAUUUCUAUCGUGAAGACUGUCUGGGCUUGGGAGUAGUGAUGAUGGAAUCUGAUUGUCGGUUCCCGCAUGGGUUUACUGGCAUUCUAUGAUAUACGGCAAUAUAAAUUGUAUUCUGUGAGUGCUAUGCUAUGUCUUGUAUCCAAAUAUUAAGUAGACAGUGGAGCAUGCUGAAUCGACGUAGUGAUAUUACUCUUACAUUUCCAAGCUAUAGUAGAAGAACUGUAUCACUUAUUUUAUAACUCUUGCGCUUUUGCUUUUGCGCUGAUAAACUGGUAUUUACCAUUACUACUACAAUAACAUAAGUUCUUACUUCUAUUUUUCUGCAAAAACGAAGUGUUUCAAUAUAUUCCUAUCAAUGUAUUCUGUCUAUAAACCAGUGCUAUUGGACAUAUUAUUCAACAUAAUUAUAUUAUUAUUAUUAAUUGCAAAUAGAUCUUCGAAUCUCUUUUUAUUUAUAUCAGUAGAUAGGGUCAUGUAAAUUUUGUUUUUGUUAUUGUUGAUAUUUAUAUUAUGUGAUGAUUUUAAUUUUAACGUAGUCUUAUAAUCUGACCAUACAUUGUCUAUCUUAUAGAUCUAAUUAUCUACACUCACGGUGAAUUACAAUACAAUGUACAAAUGUACUUCUUCAAAAACAAAAUAAUAAAAUAUAUUUAGGUAUUUUUCACUUUUUCCUUAAGUACUUACAUGUAAUUUUUGAACAGUUAGAUAUAUGUUAGUACUAAUUCGAAAAAUGUAUCGAUUCUGUAUUUUUAUAAGUACUUCCCCCGAGUACUAGCAUGUAAGUAGCAUGAAAUACUAGUACAAAAAUUAGGAAAUUAAAUUUUAAAUUGUGGCUGCCCAUUGUAUAAAGAGCUUUUGAGAAUUUCUGGGUCCCAAAUUAAUUGGUUUUGCAAUAAGGAUUUUAGUGACAAGAAAAUUACAUGUUUUUGUGUGUCUACAGGCAUCUAGGGUUCCAUGAUGGAACGUCAUGACUUAUUAUUCAUACAUUUUAUAGAUUCCUAAACAGAUCAACUUAUUAUCUGUCAAUUUUUUUAUUAUCCUGACUUUGCACACAACUACAUACGGGACUUGCUCUAACCUUUUUUAAAAAGGUUAAUAGGUUAUAUAACUAUGUAGUUAGAUCAACAUCUAGUCUUAACUACAUUACAAAAUGGAAUUGUUCAAAAAUUACACGAUUUUUGUAUUGUGCCCAUUUAAAUAUAUUUAUUUUUUCUAAUAUAAACGUAGCUGUUGAUCGUUUAUUAAAUGAACUGAUUGUUUUACGUUAAUUUCAUGAUUCCUUGUGCUAAUAAGUUAUUAAUUUUAGUUUUAAUAAUUAUUCCGAGCGCUAACUUUGUGUUCCUUGAUUUUAUUGUUAUUAAGUUCUCUAAAAUAGAGUAACAAUUACCUAUCUUGUGGAAUGAAGUUUCACAUAAUGCAUUUUUAUGGGAUGGCCAUUGUAAAUAUUGUACAUAUUAUGUAAUUAUUGUUAGGGCACUUGUUUUAUAAUGUGAUAGUCUUCUCACGUUGUAGUAUGUAAAUAAAUGAGAAUGAAUUAGA